UGAGACAGCAAGAAAUUUAGUGGCUGCCAUUCUUUCAAAUGAAGCGGUCCUGAACUCGCUUGCACAUGCAUGUGCAAACCAAAACAAUAUUAACGUCCACAAUUCACAAUUCAAUUCUGCUGAAGAAGAAGUGCAGUCACUCUUUCAUCGCAAAAGACCAACCGCGGGCCAGGCAGUUAGUGCUAAUCAGGCUAGCCUGACUGUUAGAAACAUGCCUUCUACUCCGAUGGAGCCUUUGACAGUUCCGACCUAUAACCUUCGUCCAUUCACUCGAAAGGGACCCAGAUACAAGAGGAUUCAGGCACCAUUCAACAGUACAUGUUCUGUGUCUCAACCAUUCACCAAAGAAGUCAUUCUCCUGCCAGACCACACAUACACACAAGUGCCAAGGCGUGCCAGGAAAGCUUGGCUUUUUGAAAAUGGACUUAUCAAAUCUGCUGUGGAAUUUAGGUGUGACUGGAACUCUGAGAAAGUAAUGCGGGCAAUAACUGCGGCCUUCCACCCAGCUGUGGAGGGAUGCAGGUUGCAAAUCUUGCUGCCAUGCUACAAUAAACUAGUUGAGCCAUCUCUAACUGCCAAUCAGACUUUGAGUGGAGACCUUGUGAAAAAAUUGUUUCACCAGAAAUCCAUUUACAUCAGGCCUGACAAGGUCAUUCUAAGUGAGGAAAAAGAAUCUUCAUCUUCUGAUGGCGAGCGAAGCCAUUUAGACAGGCAGGCUUUGGAUACAGACAAAAUGGCCCCUGGCAGUGUGCUUGCCUUUUCCAAAGAAACUGUCGAGGCCCAGUCCUUCACCAGCAAUACCCCUUCCAUCCUAAGUGGUGAUCAAGUUUUCUUUUGUGUUGCCACCGAAGACAUCUGCACCAAAGAACCUUCUAUCUCAGCUGACGCCCUUACCAUGACCACUAGCGAUGCUGUCGUCACUAUUGCUGAGCCCCUCCCCUUGUCCAGUGGAACUGAUGCCAUUGCCAGUGGAAACACGGGUUCUUUGUUGAUUGGUCCCACUGUCAGUGAUGUCACCUCUAGACAGUCCCAUAGUCUCACCCAAGCCUGUGCAUCUGGCAUUAGUUCAUCCAGUACAUCUUACAGGUUCGUCUUUUGUACAUAUUUGUGUCUUUACAUGCAGUUUUAACAUAGUCAAGUCUUCAUAAAACUGGGUAUUAUUUACAGUAAAUUUUUUAUUGAGACG